CCCCCGCCUGCCGUCCUUCCUUCCUCCCCUCCCUCCCGCCUUCCUUCCCUCCCUUCCUUCCUUCCCCUCCCUCCCGGCCCUUCCUCUCCCCGCCUGCCGCCGCCGCCGAGGAGGAGGAACAUGGCGAAAGCGGAGCAGGUCCUCAGCCUCGAACCGCAGCACGAGCUCAAAUUCAAAGGGCCUUUUACAGAUGUCGUCACCACAAACCUGAAGCUCGGCAACCCUACAGACAGAAAUGUGUGCUUCAAAGUUAAGACCACAGCACCACGUAGAUACUGUGUAAGGCCUAACAGUGGAAUUAUCGAUGCAGGAACAUCAAUUAAUGUUUCUGUGAUGCUACAGCCUUUUGACUAUGAUCCUAAUGAGAAAAGUAAACACAAGUUUAUGGUUCAGUCUAUGUUUGCUCCAGCUGAUACUUCAGAUAUGGAAGCAGUAUGGAAAGAAGCAAAACCAGAAGAACUCAUGGAUUCGAAACUUAGGUGUGUGUUUGAGCUACCAGCGGAAAAUGAUAAGCCUCAUGAUAUAGAAAUAAAUAAAAUUGUAUCCACAACUGCAACAAAGACAGAUUCUUCUGUAAUGUCUAAAUCAAUAAGUUCCUCUUUGGAUGACAUUGAAGUUAAGAAAGUAAUGGAAGAAUAUAAGAGGCUUCAAAUAGAAGUUCAGAGGUUACGGGAGGAGAAUAAACAGUUUAAGGAAGAAGAUGGACUUCGGAUGAGGAAGGCACCCCAGACAAACAAUCCAAUAUCUGCUUCUGCAGCUGCUGUCAAGGAGGAAGGGCUCAGCUCUAGACUACUUGCUUUGGUGGUUUUGUUCUUUAUCUUUGGUGUAAUUAUAGGAAAAAUAGCCUUGUAGAGGCAGCAUGCUGGGAAUUGUAAAUUGGUUUGAUGGUUCUGCCAUAUCAUUGGAUUAAAUUUAUUCAUAACAAUGUUUAAAAAGAUUAAUGUAUGACAUCUCACAGGUCUUGCCUUCAAAUUACCCCUGCACAAAUAUUAUGUAACAUAAUCUAGAAAGUUUAAAAUGUACGAUGGGUGAAUGAAAGAGAAUAUUCUUCAGUGAUGAACGGGGGGGAGGGGGAAAUCAUGAUUUAACACUACAAUGGAAUAUUGUAUAUGUCAUUUUAAACAUUCUUAGGCCCUGGUACAUGUUGCUGGAUUACCUCUUUUUAAAAAAAGCAAAACAGAAAAAAACUCUUCCUCCACUGCUGGAGCUGGCCCUAUUGAAUGUUUGGAGCUGGGUUAGGCAGGAGGUGUUGAUAACUUCUGUAAAAUAUGUUAAUCCACCAUUCUGCUCAUAAAUUUAACAGUUUCUGUCAGUGUCUUCAACUCUGUGCAAGUUACCGAUUUCUUGGCACUUAAAUGAAUAGUGAGAAGCUGAAAAGAAUUGUACGUGGCAAUGCUGAAUGUGCUAGGCAUCAUUAAGAGGCAUAUAUUGACUGGUAUGACGCUCAUUCGGAAUAAAGGUCAAUGCCUUCUUCUCAUAAAGGGACCAAGCUACAUUGCUGUUGGUUCAUUUAGCUGAAUUAAAAUGUUAUUCAGAGAUGUUUAAUGCAUAUUUAACUUAUUUAAUGUAUUUCAUCUCAUGUUUCCUUAUUGUCACAAAAUUGACUAAUACUCUAUGGUAUAAAAGGCACCUGUUUUAAGCCAGUGACUAGAACUAAAAAAUUUGCUGCUGUAGUGAUGCAAGAUUCUUCUGCCUCCUGGUGUUUUGGGCACUACACAAUUGUUGGAGUUUUGAUCAUCCGAGCAUUGGAGAAACAGUGGUCAGGAAACUGUUUUUGUAUGUAAAUAAGUCUAUCUAGGGGAAAAAAUAUUAGUAGUAAACUAGUUCUAUGCCGUAAAAAGACCAAUCCCGUUUGACUAUGUAGCAACAAAAAAAAAAAAAAAAAAAAAAAAAAAAAAAAGGAAAGAAAUUAAAUAAAGCCCCCAAAUUCAAGUUUCUUUUGUUAUUUUUGUCAUGUUCUCAACAGCUUUAGACGGGGGAAAAGAACAAUGUUCUCUACCAACUUACUUUGCUUAUGGCAUCAGGAAACUGUCAGUCUUAGAUCAGGAUGAUUUUUUUUCCCCAGCAUAAUUUUAAUCUAAAAUCAGCUCCAUUCAAUGCCUGAUAUACAUAAGCGUUGUUCAGAAUAAUCAUAUCAACUGCUAUUGUACUUAAAUAAUGUCCCAUUUUUCCCUUUGUUUGGAUUCAGUAGUCGAUACAGUUGGUAGUAUAUGGAAAGUGAGACCGAUAGUUGUGUUUCUAAGCAUACUUUUAUUACAAAAUACAUAAACUCAAUAUCGUUUAGCAUGUUGAAUUUCAGUAGACAUAGUUUUUCGAGCAAGUAACUCCCCAUAUAUUUGUAGAUGUUAGAUUCAGAAACCAUUGGUGACAUGCCAGUCUAGUGUAGCAUAGCAGAGUUUAUAGAGCACUCUUGAGGAUUAAGAUACAUCUUCAAAAUGUGGCUUUUUUCCUGCAUAAUUCCUGUGAUUCUUGAGGAAACUGUUGGGGCUGCAGUCUGUCUACUACUCUGUGAUUGCAUCAGUGACUUUUAUAUUUAUUUCACGAGAGUCUCAAGGGUUUCCUGUUUUGCAAGUGCAACUAAGCAAAAUUUUGUGUGAGGUUUAAAAAGAAAAUGGAAAAAAAUAAGCCCUCCCUAGUGUGUUCAGCGUACGAACACAACUCUGUGGAAGCUUCCUCUGGAAGAGCCAACAGAAAUGAGUUUCUUCAGCAUUUGGAAAUGUUAGUGCCUUGUCUGCUCAGGAUGGAAGGGACAAAGCAAUUCAAGUCUGCUUGUAAAGGGCAGAGAAGACGGGAGACGAGCUGGAAAGAAGCAGUGAGUUCAGCGUGACAAAUUGGGCAGAACUGAUCAAGAAAGAUACUUGCAGGGCAUUAAAAGCUAAUCGAAACUUUUACAAGCAGCAUUUAAAAAGGAACCUUUUCAAAAAGAUAAGGUUGGAACUGAUAUUGUAAAAUAGGUUUUCAUGGUUUUGAGGCGUACUUUUUGAGAAAAUCUUGUCUAAAGGGAGUAAAGAGAGACAGACUGUUUUUUUUUUUUUAAGCUAUAAACAUUUUGACCUCACUAAAAAUAUGUUGUCUGAAGAACAGAAUCCCUUAUUUCCUUAAUAAUAAUACUAUUUACUUUUCUGGGAGAACUUUGUCCUGCUGAAAAACAGCCCCAUUGAUAUUUUUUUCAAAAAAAAAAAAAAGUCAGUCUUUGCAGGGUAAAGGUGGAAGGUGGAGGCUUUAACCUGGUCUCCUGUGGGCCGUGUUCAUGUCACACGUGGUUAACUACCACGCAGGAUUCUGCUAGCAAGGGCAGCUUCUAGGUGAAGGAAGCCAGCAGAAUGUCCUUGUGCCCUUUGGUGUUCAGUAGUUGCGCUCCGUGAUCUGUGAACACUUGGAACUUAAGUCAUUUGAGAGCAAAUUCGUGUCUGUGUUUAGCAUUCCAGGAGUACAUARAGAUCUGCUGUAUGCCUUACAAAUGUGAUUGAGAGUCCACCCAAAAGAAGACCCUAGUUUAAAUAGGUAGCUGAGGAGGUGCUGGUAAUGUCUGCAGCUGAGGCUGACCCACAGUGUCAGUCCUAAACCAGACUGUUAAAUUUAGCUUUUAUAUUCUAGGGCUUAGCAAAGUUCUGAGGCCUUUCCCAUUUUUGACAACAGCUGAAGCAGAUAGUAGCACCGAAUUUUCUGGAUAAUGUUUUGUUUUCAUUGAGCUUAAAACAAGGUGGAUGAUCAGUGGGAACCUUUUUCCYUGUCCACUUGACCAGACUCUUCUUUCUUAAGAGGCAGAAGGGAAACUCUGGAUGUUUUCUGGCAAGGUGCUUAAAAAGUUAGUCUUUGGGUAUUGCCAAAAUCACUUCUCUUUUGGGUAUGUGUUCUUAAGCCACUGGGAUUUUUGUAAGUUGUACUUUAUGUGAUGGUACCAGAGCAAAUACUUUCAUUGGUGUUCAUAGGAAGUGAAUUAUUCUGGAGGGCAUUAUGUAACCUAGGAAGCUAUGCAUGAAACAGAGUUUAUAAAUAAUAUUAUUGUCUGGUGUUCUCACGUGACACCAGGUGCUAGAAAACAAUGUAUAAUUGAUACAUGAUAGUAGAAAUCAAGUUAUUACUUAAUCUAAUGAUUGCUCUUGUCAUUCUUUUCAGGUUGCUACUUGCAUCUACAUGUAUUGUUAAUUUUUAUAAGAGCCCAUAGAGGCUUCUUAGGUAGUCUUCCCUUUCUGGAUAUUUGCACUCUUGUCUGUCCUUCGGGCCCCCUGUAAUGAAAAGGCUUCUAAAAUGUCAUGAAAACCUAAUAAUGGGAAAAGAGCAGAAAACAGUUUCUACAGUUUUCACAGUUGCCCACAUUUUAAAGGAAAUCUUUUGUGCAUGAAUGGUAAUAACUCUUGCUCUACACUGGCAGUCAUCAAAAGUGAACGCACAACCGUAGCAAAUGCACAGGCAGGCUGAGCACCCAGUUUGGUGUGGUUGGUGAAGAGC